AUGACCUUCGGCCUUUCUGUGUUUGUGAUCUACAAGACCCUACCUAGACCCACAGGAAAGAAAUCUCACUCCUGCUCUGACUGUGGGAAAAGAUUCAACUACUCAUCACACCUUAAAAUACAUCAAAGAAUUCACACUGGAGAGAAACCUUAUAGCUGUGAUCAAUGUGGGAAGAGUUUUACUACAUCUAGCAAUCUAACUGAACACCAGAGAAUUCACACAGGAGAGAAACCUUACGGCUGUGAUCAAUGUGGGAAGAGAUUUAUUCUGCUACAAACCCUGAAAUCACACCAAAGAAUACACACUGGAGAGAAACCCUUUGGCUGUUAUCAAUGUGGGGCGAGUUUUUCUCACUUAAGCAGCCUGAUAGGACACCAGCGGGGACACACAGGAGAGAAACCUUAUAGCUGUGAUCAAUGUGGGAAGAGUUUUACUACAUCUAGCAAUCUAACUAUACACCAGAGAAUUCACACAGGAGAGAAACCUUAUAGCUGUGAUCAAUGUGGGAAGAGUUUUACUAUAUCUAGCUCUCUGACUAUACACCAGAGAACACACACAGGAGAGAAACCUUAUAGCUGUGAUCAAUGUGGGAAGAGAUUUAUUCUACUACAAACCCUGAAAUCACACCAAAGAAUACACACUGGAGAGAAACCUUUUGGCUCUUAUGGCUGUGAUCAAUGUGGGAAGAGUUUUACUACAUCUAGCAAUCUAACUGAACACCAGAGAACACACACAGGAGAGAAACCUUAUGGCUGUGAUCAAUGUGGGAAGAGUUUUACUACAUCUAGCAAUCUGACUAGACACCAAAGAACACACACAGGAGUGAAACCUCAUAGCUGUGAUCAAUGUGGGAAGCGUUUUAUUAGAUCUAGCCAGCUGACAGUACACCAGAGAACACACACAGGAGUGAAACCUAAUAGCUGUGAUCGAUCCUCAGCGGAAAAACCCAGGCCCUGA